CUUCUGGAUCAUCAGUUCCUCAGCAAAAAGAUUUUAGAAGAGUAAUAGUUAUUACAUCAAAUAGUAAGCCAUAUAUGUGGAAGACCACUAAUAUUAGCUUGAAGAAAGAAUCACAUGUUAAUGUCAUAGAAAAGACAAAUACAAUGAUUAAUGAAUUAAAAAAUAUGAAUAUCAAGAUCUCUGCAGUUGUUAUAGACAGUGCAGGCCCAUAUGCAGCAUCCAGAUAUUUUGUUCUAUUUCUUCAUUAUGUGA